UAUUUUCCAUCAUGCACAUAUUUUGUCCUUGUCAUACUACAAAAGCCAUAGCCUUUCUCUUCAUAUACGGAUCCAUCUUUUAUUUAUCUUUCCCCCUAUGUUUUUAGCACACUUAGCACAUGUUGUUACAUUUUAUUAACAUUCGUCUCAAGCAUCUCGCAUUCUCAUCUUUGUCGAAAACACAUUUUACCCUUUUUUUUCCCCCUUCUCAACUAGUUGUAAAAUCCACCUUUUCACUCUUUUUUUUUUUCCCUUACCGGGCCUUUCUCUCGCUUGUAAUUUAUCCCCCCAAGGCAUUUUGCUCUUUUUCUCUUCUUUUACUUUCUUUGUACUUAUUUACUUAUUUACUUAUUUGCCAAAGGUAUUUACCAUUUUACCCAUUUACUUAUUUUACUUGUUUUCCCUAUUUCCCUAUUUACCAAAGGUAUUUACUCAUUCACAUGGGUUUUUUUAAGCUUAACUUUUUAUUUAUUCCAUCUCUUCUAUUCACCUCUCCUUCUCGUCCGUCCACUGUGUAGUAAGCUACUCAAAACACAAAGAAAACAUCUACUGCCACUCAUAUAUACUAGAGAUUUGGACCCACUGGUUGGUGUUUCAGCGGGUAGGUCCCUGUAAGUUGGGUCCCCCCUAGGGUGUUAGAAUACUUUUCUUCCAAACUUUUGAUAAAUGCAUUUUUGGCAGCAAUGCAGUAUU